UUAUGUAAACAGUAAUUCUCCCCAGAUGGAACUAUUUUCCUCGCUUAGAAGCAGCCGGGGAGGGGGCUUGGGCAGGGCUGGGGGUGGAAUGCCGGGGGUUCCUCAGAAAGCCUGGGCGGGGGGCAGUGGGGUAGAGGCUGACCCACGAGGGCAGCCUGAGGCCCCCAGCCUGGUCACUCCUCUCCUCUCCAGGUACUUGCUCUGCUAGGACCAUGCCCGUGACCUUUGCCCUCUUGCUCCUCUUGAGCCGGGCCACCACCGCAGACCCAUGUUACUAUCCAGGUGGCCGCCCCCGCUUCUGCCUCCCACCAGUGACCCGGCUGGCUGGCAUGGCGGCCUCCUGUCCUCAGGCCUGUGCCCUCUCCCUGGAGACAGACCUCAGCCCCCGGGCCACCUGCAAUGGCAGUCUAACCCUGGCCCUGGGUGGCCCCUUCCUCCUGACGUCGGUCAGCCUACGCUUCUGCACCCCGGGAUCCCCAGCCCUGGUCCUGUCUGCCGCCUGGGCCACCGGAGGUCCCUGGAGACUGCUGUGGCGCAGACCCGCCUGGCCUGGGGCCUUGGGGGGCCCCGAGAAGGUGACCUUCCGAACCCCACCAGGCCCUAAAUCCAGCGUGGCGGUCAGUCACCUCCGCGUGGAGUUGGGGGGCCGGGCAGGGCUGGCAGCGGCUGGAGUGAGGGGCCGCUGCCAAUGCCAUGGCCACGCAGCUCGCUGUGCCGCCCGCACCCAGCCCCCCCGCUGUCGCUGCCGCCAUCACACCACCGGCCCCGGCUGCGAGAGCUGCCGCCCGUCCCAUCGAGACUGGCCCUGGCGGCCCGCCACGCCCUGGCACCCCCACCCUUGCCUGCCCUGCUCCUGCAACCAGCACGCCCGACGCUGCAGGUUCAACUCCGAGCUCUUCCGGCUGUCGGGCGGCCGGAGUGGGGGCGUUUGCGAGCGGUGCCGCCACCACACGGCCGGGCGGCACUGCCACUACUGCCAGCCGGGGUUCUGGAGGGACCCCAGCCAGCCUAUCACCAGCCGCAAGGCCUGCAGGGCCUGCCGGUGUCACCCGAUCGGGGCCACGGGGGGCGUCUGCAACCAGACCAGUGGGCAGUGCCCCUGCAAGUUAGGGGUCACCGGCCUCACAUGCAACCGCUGCGGUCCUGGCUACCAGCAGAGCCGCUCUCCCUGGAUGCCCUGCCAGCGAAUUCCAGAGGCGACAACCCCCCUUGCUACCACCCCUGGUGCUUACAGCUCCGACCCUCAAUGUCAAAACUACUGCAAUGUCUCGGACACCAGGGUACACAUGAGCCUUCGGAGGUAUUGCCAGCAGGACUAUGUUCUCCGCGCGCAGGUGCUGGCGUCGGAGGCGGAGGGCCCGGCGUGGCAGCGUCUGGCGGUGCGCGUGCUGGCCGUGUACAAGCAGCGCGCCGGCCGUGCGCUGGAGGAGCGCGCCGGGGGCUGCCGCGGCCUGCGGCCCCCCGCCCCAAGCCCGGGGCCCGAGCACCUGAGCCCUACCUCGGUGCCUCCACCGCCGACAGAGAAACUUGGAAGUGACCGUGAGCUGAGCCUUCCACUUUCGACGGCGCCGUCCCUUAGCGAGCCAAUCAGAAGCCGCGGAGCCCCUGACGUCACUGGCACGCGCCAGCACCGUGCCGGCCCGAGGGACGUCCCUGAAGGCGGCAAAACGCCAGCAAGACUUUUGGUCUCUGGCCGGGACGUUUGGCCUGUGAUCUGUGCGGCUAGUCCCCUCAAUAAAGUCUUAAAUCUUGGGGGAAUUUUCGCUACAGACACCUGAUAUGUGUUGGGAGGGUCUCGGAGGGGCAAAAGAAGAAAACCCACGCAGCCGAAGGACGGCUAUGCUCCCCAACAGGAUGCCUAAUCCAAUCAAGGAGCUGGUAUGACAUCACUACGUGCUGGUCAGAUUUGUGUUGCCUGACGAUUGGCCAGAAGCCAGUGGGAGGGAGGGUGGAUAGAAAAGGCGGGAAAUGCGCCGAAGGAAAGGACAGCAGUGCCAGAUUUCCAGAAAGUUCCACAC